AAAUAGUAAUAAAAGCUUUGAAAUUUGAUACAGACACUAGGAAAUCUGUAAAUAGUGUAGAAUUUGAUAAAUCUAAAAAAGUUCAUUAUAAGCUUGUAGGAGAUUAUGAAAAUCGUGGUGCACUAAUAUCAAAAGUUUUUAGUUGUAAUUUAUUGAAUAAUAAAGAUUUAGCAAUGAUUACAAAUUUUGGCUUAUUUAUAUGUCAAUUUGUCGGAAAGUUACUAGAGGACUAUAUUGAAGAUAAAAGAUUAUUAAGAUUAUAUUGGCAAGAGCUUCUAAAUUGUUUUUUUUACCUUAAAAAUUAUUCAAUUGUAGGAGAAGUAUUUAGUAAAAUAUGUAAAAAAAUAGAAGAUGAUAAAAUAUUAUUGAAAUUAUAUGG